AGUUUGUUUUUGAUGUGUUUGAACCUGACUGGUGAGGUAAGGCCAAGGGAGUUGGGCAGACUGGGAUAGGAAGGUACCUUUUGACAUCUUCUACGUGAGUGUUGCUGCAUUAGAGCAAAGCAAGUUUUAAUUGAACUUUGCUUGCUUUUCUGUUUCCUCUUUGGAUUUAAGCUUACUUCUACCUGAAACCAGAUGAUAAAAGAAAAUCAGGAAAGCUUAUUUAUUUAUUUUAAGCAGGCAGGGAGGAAUUAAUUUUGGUGCUGUUUUAUUUGCAUGUUCAUUAUGCUCCAUAGCUGGUUUUGUGUUACAGAAGCCCCCAGAGUGCCUCUGUGGACCAGGAUUCCAGCACAUCAGGAACUGUAGAACACAAAGUGGAAAAUGUGCUCUGUUUCGUCAAGUAUUUUAGUCCAAGUAAUGGGGGGAGAAGAUGCAUCCAGACACAACGAACUUACUUCACUCAUCCCCCCGGAGAAAGUAGUGACAGAUUUAACUCUCUGGGGUAUAUUACUUGGUCAGUUACUAUGAGUCAGUUAUGAGGAUCCCUCUGAUGCUCUAGUCAGGGAGUACUUACCUUACCGUAUACAGUCUGUCCCUUGUACAAGAGCAUUAUGGUUGUUGAUUUUUUAAGUUUAAUUUUACUUCAUAGUUACUGCCAAGGUCAGCAAAAGAUGCUCUCUAAAGAGUGUGAUGUGUUUUGGGCUGCCUUAGACAGGAGCCAGAGUCGCUCUGUGGAUGCAUCCUGUCUCAUCUCAGUAUUGGGCUGGUAAAAUCUGCUGAGGUGGGCUGAGCUAUGCCCUAGCGCGGAAAUCUUACUAACCAUAACGGUUCCUGUGACACAAGUCUUCUAUAGCUAACGAUGUGACUGUUUGGUCCAGACUGGUGUUUUCACCCUAUUUGAAAGAUGUAACUUUUUUUUUUUUUUCCCUUUUUGGCAGAGAGUAGUUUACAAAGGAAGUCACAUUUAGGAAUUGUUUAGGAAAAGCUUUCUUUCUGUGACCUUGUUUAAAAAACAAAAGCACAUCUAAGAAAACCACGUGACUUGCCUUGAGAUAUUUAAAGGCGCAAAAUCCUAAUUCAUAUUUAAAUUUUCAAACAUGUUUAUUGAAUGCAAAGUGUAGUUUUUGCAUACUGAAGGUUAAAGAUCCAUGUAAACAUUUCUAGGUCCUGAUCCUAAAGUAUUGCUUAAAUAGUAAAAUCACUGCUUAAAUGUUCUUUAUCUUGAUGUUGUGUAUUGGUAACGUUUGUAGGAGAAGGAAAACUGUUAGAAUAUCUGAAGGAGAAAAUACAAAGCGAAUCCGUUUUGUAUAAGAUGCUUAUUAACUGUAGCUGACCAGAGCCUGUAGUGGAGUUGGGUGAUGGCUGCUGAGCUCCAGGGCAUCCUCUGCUCAUCAAAUCACAUCAUUUUGUCCUGAGGAAGCUUUCAAGGAUGGCACCAGGGAGCUGCUUGGUUGUGGAGUUCCCCCUUCUUUGUCUGGUCAGCAGAAAGAAGUCUCUGCAGUCAGCACUGAUCUUACUGGAAGUAGCCAAGAGAAAAAUGGAUUUUUUCUGGGCCCGAUGAACACUUUUCUAGAAAGCAAGUUGAUAGUAAGGUGCAUUAGUUGGUUGGGAUAGCGGGAGUGACUGUGAUAAGUAGGAACUCGUUAAUGUAGAAAUUAGGAAAAAUAUUUACUGAUCCUUUGAAUUCUUUACAUUUCAUGUAUGUACAGCAAGGUAUUGCUUCAAGCAGUAAGUGUUCUGAUUCUUUUUUUUUCCCACUUGUAUCAGCAGACUCAGUUCUUUGGACUUUUUUCAGAGGUUUGACAAGCCUCAUUGCCUCUAAGCAUGUUCACGAUCAGAAACAAAGAUGGCAAGCAGAAGGUAAAAGGUACAAUCAAAGGCUCGUACCAGGCUGAAACUUUUAGAGGAACUGAAGACUACCACAAGUGUAGCUGUGUUCCAGUUUGAAUGCAAAGUGCACUUCCCUGAUCUGCACCAUGUUAUUAGUUCCCAUUUAAAAAGUCAUGCAAGCAGUAAUAUCAAAAUGCUUCAUGAUGGGGUAGUUAAGUAUUGUGGAACCGAAAAGGGAUAAUUUCUAUGGAAAUGCAGUCUUGAGGAAGGCUCCUGUUGUCUGUCUAGAAGGAAGUGCUUGGUACGUGUUUGUUCUUUUCCCUGGUGGUUGAAAUCCUGACCCUUGCCAUUGGCAGGACUCCCCAGGCUCAGCUAUCGGUGCUUUCAGAGGGGUGUGAGUAACUCUGGGCUAACAAGUGAAGGGUGCAUGAGUGGAGGGGGGGGGUCGGUCAGUUCGGACGCCUGAGUUGCUGUAACUAGAAUGAGGAAGAAGCUCACACUUCCCGUUUGUGGGUGUGUUUUUUUUGAGGGGGGUGGGGGCUGCUUUUUGUUUUAAAUAAAAGUAAAUACAAAAUUUUCCAUGCCUUUGGGCUGUCCUGUGGCUGGGAAGUGAUGAAAGCUGAUGGCUGACCACUUAACCCCUCUUUCUAGUCUGUUCCCCAGACUUGUCAGGGACCAGGAGCUUACCAUACCACCAACUCGUGGUAUUCCUGUGCUCUGGAAUACCACUGCGUGUGGAAGAGUUGGUAUGGGUUAAGACAGCUGUGAAUUCACACUGCUAUCCUACAACGUGUCUAUAAAUCUUGGUUAAAAUAAGUGUUUUUCCUUGCCCGACCCAACGCCCUUCCUUUUUCGUUUUACUGUAACUUUUUCAAAUGACUGAGUGGACUUCCCAAAGAAGCAACUUGAGAAACUGUAAGAAUAUUAGCACUUUAGAUACACGGUUGCUUUGUUAGAAAUAUUUUCACGCUACCUGCUGUUGUUAUGUCAAAAGCCGAAGCUGUUUCACGUUGUCUAGAAGCAGAAGGCUUUUUAAAUACCAAGUGCCAUUUAGAAAAUACAAAUGAAUUGUGUCAACUGUUAUCGUUUUGUGCGUUGUUAAAAUGAGAACUAUAGAAAUAGCAAUGGAGACUGUUCAGCUUCCAGUGACAAGUGGGUCAGAGACUCAGUACUAUACAGCGUAGUCUGAUUACGGCUGUAAUUUUACUCCUCUCACCUACUCUAGAUAGGGUUCUGUUUCUUUAGAGAAGACUACAUAUGCUAACCUGUAUCCUGUGGACUUCACAGUAUUAUCAUCUGAACAUCCUCUCAUUAUGUGUUGUGUUUGGCUGCCCAGCUGUGUGGUCAGAAAGUUGGAAAGCUCCAAGCCUUGUGUGUUGUAUAAUCUGUACAUUUGAUGGAGCACCUCAGUAAAGGGCAAUGCAGCUUGUUUAAAGAUACCUCAAGUCAGCUGUAGAAAUUUUCGGGACAAAAAAAGUCAAGCACUUUCCUUUUGUCAACGCUUGAAUGGCUGAAAAAAAAAUGUUACAUGCAGCUGCCUGGUGAAUACAUAUGUGAGGGGAGAAAAAACAACCCUAAAGCUCUGUUUCAGUUCUGCAAUGUUUUUGCACAAAAUGAUUGGUCUCUUGCUGGCUCUUCUGCUCAGCAACUGCAUUUUAAUGUUUAACUUUUAACAUUAAAUAUAAUAUUUAACUAAAAAGUAUUUUUAGCCAGUACUGGCAUUCCAGUUAGCAUGCUGCUAACGUGUUUAGAAACAGUUGUAACUUCUGAAAGGAAAAAGCAGUGUCAACAGUUUGGAGAAUUUCUCUUUUUUUUGAACUGACAUCUUUUAGGUGGCUUAUUUGGAUUUUAUGUCUGUGAUUGACUAAGUAAAGAACUUCUAUCAUUUUAGUGGGAAAUACAACGUACUAAGGUGCGGAGCCACUCGCUUGCUAUAAAUUUUGCAAGGGUUUGGGCUUAAAAUACAGAUUCAAUGCAGUAUUGCCUGGAGUUUCCAAAGAGAUCAAGGGUUGUUACGCUAAUUUUGGUCCAGACAAGUGGGAUUUAGGCUGUCUGACUUCAAGCUUUAGCCUGUGACCCAAAAUAACAAAUCUGCAUGUAGUACAGACUAAGAUAGGAACUACACUGCAGAGAGGCAGAGUGACUUGUGGGUGACGGUACAGCAAGUCCGUAGAAGAAUGCAAAUACUCUUGCUGUCUCUUCGUCUGCAACCAGAUUGUUUAUUGCUAGGGGAUACUUCAGGGCCUGAAGCCUCCAAACAGGAACUGGGAUUCCGGUGCAGCAGCCUUUUCAAAGACAUGGAGGGUUUGUCUGCACGGUAGCAGCAGCUCAUUCAUCUAGCACAGGUGUCCUUAACAGGUGGAGAGCCAUUCCCAUCGUGGAUGAUCUUGACAGUAAAUCUCCUCAGCCAUGUCGUACAGCGCCGGCUUUGUGGAUCCUAAUCAGCUAGCCCAGCGCAUAACUUCUAACAUCCAGAAAAUCACACAAUGCUCUGCUGAAAUACAGAGAAUACUACAUCAGCUCGGAACACCACAAGACACACAUGAGUUGAGGCAACAGCUGCAACAAAAGCAGCAGUACACAAACCAGCUUGCCAAAGAAACUGACAAAUACAUCAAAGAGUUUGGAUCUUUGCCUGCAACAAGUGAACAGCGUCAAAGAAAAAUACAGAAAGAUCGUCUUGUGGGGGAAUUCACCACAGCACUAACAAAUUUCCAAAGGCUGCAAAGGCAAGCUGCUGAGAAAGAAAAAGACUUUGUAGCCAGAGUAAGAGCCAGCUCGAGGGUAUCUGGCGGUGCUCCUGAAGACACCUACAAAGAAGGAACACUUGUCUCUUGGGACAUUCAACCUCAAGCACAAGUGCAAGAUGAAGAAAUCACAGAAGAUGAUCUCCGUCUUAUUGAGGAGAGGGAAUCUUCCAUUAGGCAGCUUGAGGCUGAUAUUAUGGACAUCAAUGAAAUUUUCAAAGACUUAGGAAUGAUGAUUCAUGAGCAAGGUGAUGUGAUAGACAGCAUAGAAGCCAAUGUGGAAAAUGCAGAUGUACAUGUGCAACAAGCAAACCAGCAGCUGUCAAGAGCAGCAAACUACCAGCAAAGGUCUCGAAAGAAGAUGUGCAUCCUCAUUAGUGUACUUGCUAUUGGAGCAUUGAUUCUUGGAAUCAUCCUAUGGCUUUCUCUAAAAUAAGUCUCUGGAGAAAGUGUUGUAAUUGAUAUUUAAGUUAUGAAAGGAAAUUUCUACAGUCAUGGUUUGCUGAUUGUGAAGCUAAGUAAAAUAAUGGUUCUUCUGUACUUCAUCACACUUAUUUUUUUAUAAGACUUUGUUUUAACCCGAGAAGUAAUGUUCUCAGUCCUACUGUCGGUAUAACUACCUGCCCUCUGGAUGUGAGUGCUGUCUUACCAGUAAAACCAGUCAGCGCCAUAAACUGUUCCGUUAACUUAAAAACCUCGUAAGGUUUAAGAGGUUAAUCAAAAUCCUGGUAACUUGUAUUGAAGGAAGGUAGGGGAGGAGUGGAUUAUCUCUGAGAUAUUGCUAAAUGUUGCUGCCAAAACGAACUCCUGAACUGUUGCUUGAGGCAACAAAUUCACAACUCAGAAUUUAGUUUUAAGCUAGUAAUGUCUUUGUCUUUUUUUUCUGUUCCAUCUCACCUACCUGCCCAUUUGAUAUGGGUGGUUCAAAAACAAAAUGUGGGUUGCUGAAGUUGGUGUGAUCUCCCUUUUCAACUGAAGCCUUCAAAUUAAGCCUUCAGUUUGCCUCUAACCUUUCAGAUGCUUCAUAUAUCUCUGUAUUCAGCGUUAAGUAUGGUUAUGCCUGGAAGCCUCCUGCAAAGGUAGGUAGGGUGGAUGAUGUAAUUCUUUGGAUUUCUUGUUUCAGUUUUCACAUUAAAAAUAAAGUUUUAUGUGCAUACGCCUGAUAUCUUUGCAUCUGAAGUGUGUAUCAAUGAGCUUGGCUAGACGAAAAUAAGUUCUAGUCUGUGAAUUCUUUAAUUUACUGGGAAGAAUAGAAAUUCCCAGCUUCCUAACUGCACUUGAAUGUUACUGUUCCGAAACUGUCAGGAUUCAGUUUCCAUGAACAGAUCUGAAGUUGUGUGAGGUCUUCCAUACAGAUGAAGAAAAGAUUACAAAUUAAAUUCCAAGUUCAAUGGUCAUAUUUAAAUAUAAUUUCUUAAUCAGUUGAACUUACUCAAACUGCUUAAGAAGUCUGAUGCUUAUAGCCUUUAAAAUGACCUUUUUCCUUUUGUGCCAUUUUGUACUAAUGUAUUAAAAAUGUAACUGAACACUUUUCUGCCAAUUAAUCUAUUUGCAUUUUUAAUUGACAUUGAUGAACUAAUCUGAAAAGUGUACAGAUGAAAAAAUCAAUUUGUAUUUUAUAAAGUUCUUGUACACUCGACCGAUAGAGAAUGCACUGUUUACAUAGUGAACUAUGAAAUGUUGUUUGGGAACAAUCUAAUUGUAAGCAUAAAUGGACUUCGGAAUUGUAACUGUGCAACCAAAAUAAAGGUCUUUUAAAGAGUA